CGAGCGCAAAAUAGUCUUUGCACGUGCACAUUGAUGCCUUAUGCUGGCUAUGAAAUAAAUUUUAUUUUAUUUCUGUUGGGAUCCAUGUAGGCCACAAGCCAUUUGUUAUUUGUAGCACACAUUCAAGGAUUCUGGUGUCAAUAUACAGAUUUAGCUCACGAACAACUAAACAUCCAAUUCAAUUUUUUGUUUGUACCAUUAAUUUAGUUUAAAGGGAUUUAGCAAAAAUAAAGGGAAAGAUGGCUGUCAAUGUGCACUCGACCAAUGUUUCAUCGGAGAAUUUUUCGCGCCAUGAGAUGCUAAGCUGGGUGAAUAAGCAAUUGAAGUCUGAGUUUCGCAAGAUCGAGGAGCUUUGCACUGGGGCCGCUUAUUGUCAGUUCAUGGAUAUGAUGUUUCCCAAUUCGGUGGCCAUCAAACGCGUUAAGUUUCGUUGCAAUCAGGAGCAUGAAUUUGUGUAUAAUUUUAAGAUUUUGCAAGCGAGCUUCCAGAAGAAGAUUGUCAAAAAGGAGAUACCCGUUGAGCGUCUCAUCAAGGGUCGCUUUCAGGACAAUUUUGAGUUCUUGCAAUGGUUCCGCAAGUUCUUCAAUGCCAACUACAAUGGCAGGGCGUACAAUGCUCUCUUCGCUCGCGAUGGCGUCCCCAUGGGCUUCGGCCAGAGCACCAUCAAGCAGUCAAUAGUGCUGCCAACUCCGAUUUACGGCAGCGGCGGUCGCUCGCGUACUUUUGAUGUGGACCAAUCGAUAAGUCGCAUCAGCAGCGAAUUGAACGAAACGCAUGUAACGGAUACAGAAGUGCAGGACAUGAAGACGUAUUUGGCAAAGAUUGAAGAGGAGCGCAGCAUCUACGAAGCCAAGUUUCGUAACGUGCGAAUGAUUUGCGAGGAGCAUUUGAAUGACGGCGAUAAUCCGUUGCUUCAAAAAAAUCCUUGACAUACUCGAUGAAUAAGUGCACUAUAGAAUAUCGAUAACUUUCCAAUCGAUGAUAAAACAAAAGACACAAGGAGACAAGUAGAAAACACACGGAAAUACGCACACAUAUGAGCAUCCAUACAUAAAAGCAUAAAGCUAACAUCAGCAAACAAAAACAAAGGUACAUUAAAAAUAAAUUGUUAACAAUUUACAAAUUACAAAUAAAAAUGCCGCUGACAACCGAUUGUCAAUUAAGGCCGCGUCAUCGAAAUAUAUAUUUUUUUUAUUUACAGAGUUGCCACCAUCCUCCCAUUACAUACUUAACCGCAUAGUUAUUACCCUUUUAUACCCUCGCUCCCUCUCGUCGCAACUGGGUGAAGUAGCGAACACCAAAAAAGAAAACAGCCCGCAGUUUAAUGAGGCCUUGGCGAGGGCUGUCAAUAAACUUUCUCUUCAGGUUUGCUCAUAGGUUUAGGUUCAGGUAUAUCUGGAUGACCCUAAGAGGGGUGGAGUAUGGACCAGUGGAGGAACAUCCUGGGUGGCACGUCACACGUCACGAAAAUCGGAGUCAGGAUAACGCUGAACAUACAUAGAGGAGAAGCUCCAGUAUUUCCUUAACUACGGACUCGUUAUAUUUCCUGCACUGAUCACUAUUCGUGAUGCUCCGCAUUAAGUUCCGAGCACUAGCCUGACGUACUUUGCUAAGUUGAUAACUCUUAAAACACAACAUUUUAAUAGUAAUGAAACUUUAAAAACACAUGUCUUUUACACUAACAUCAAUCGCAUUCCACCGAGGCAAUAGUAGACAUUCAGUCCCUUGCCGUUGCCCACAAACCCGAUCUUGUUGCUGUGCCUAUUGAAGGCCACAUCCCACAGAUUCGUGUUAUUAUCCGACAGAAAGGACAGCGUGUUCUUGGUGUUGCGAGUGUCCCACAACUUGAUGGUGCCAUCGCGGGCACCACUUACAAUAAGUCGACCAUCCGGCGAGGUGGCCACCGACAUCACAGACGAAUCGUGUCCCUUCAGAUCAUGGAACAUCAUCCCACUGGGCAAAUCAAUGAGCUUUACGGUCUUGUCAUCGCAGGCGGCCAAAGCACGUUUCAUAUUCGGUUGAAAGACCAAUUUACGUAGAGGAUGCUUAAAAUUGCGACG